AUGGCGUUGCCAUUUAUAGUCGCAGCCCUAGCUGAUGAUUUAGUUGUACUAAAACAAGGAAAUCUCAAAGGGCAUCGGAUGACGUCACGGAAGGGCGGUGAGAUAUUUGCUUUUCAAGAAAUCCCUUAUGCCAAACCACCAGUAGGGGAGUUGAGAUUCAAGUCUCCACAGCCUGCAGAACCAUGGACCGGUGUGCUGGACGCUACCAAGGAAGCCCCUGUGUGUGUCCAGCGAGGGUUCCUCCCCAGCGAUAUAGAAGUCAGAAGACAAGAAGACUGCCUCAACCUCAACGUCUACAAACCACGGAUAACGUUCUCUUCCACGGAUGAUAAGCCGACCUUAUCAGUUGGCAUCGAAGUGUGUUUCCUGAGUACGGAAGAUGCAGAGUGUCCGGGUAAUAACGGAAUGAAAGACCAGGUGGCAGCACUGCGCUGGGUACGUGACAACAUCGCAUCGUUCGGUGGAAACCCGAACAGCGUGACGACAUUCGGUGAAAGUGCUGGAGGUGGCAGAACUCACUUACACAUGUUGUCCCCUGCAAGCAAAGGUUUAUUCAAACGCCCUAUCUCCCAGAGCGGUGUUGCUUCAAGCCCCUGGGUACUUACACCUCCAAGAAGACCGAAGUUACUGGCAGCACUAGUGGCAAGUGUGUUUAACUGUCCGGUUCAGCCGAGCUCCGAGCUGAUCUCCUGUCUCAGAAUACAGGACGCCUACAAGUUAUACGGCACGGAAUUUUCGAUUCCAUCUUCGACAAUUUCCCCUAUGGCGUUCAUUCCUGUUAUUGAGACCCAGGUGGGCGAGGGAGAUGAAGUAUUUAUCAAUGAUUUUCCGAUGAAGAUUCCUCUCAGUGAUGACCUGGAACUCGUGCCUUGGAUGGUGGGAAUUACAUCAAGAGAAGGAGGAAUUUUAUCAAAGAGUGAGGCAAUAUUUUUCACAAAAAAUUCAUUACUACAUUUCUCUUAAUAUGGAAAAUGAAUUGUCAUCAUCACUAAAAAGGAAUGCCAUUGGAGCCCGUCUUGAACUAAUGCAGUCUAUUAUGGAUCAAUGGUGAGUAUUUGUCUGCACUCUCUCUUCCCAACUAUGGCCUCAACAUACAAAUUCCCUGCCUUCAUUUUUCCCCAGUGGCGGAGCAUGAUUUUUCCGAAAGUGUUGCCCAAAUCUCAACACAGGAGGUCUUCAAGUCUUUGAUAACACAGGUCUGAAACCAAAAAACUGCAUAGAAUAUUUUUACUGUUUCUUAUAGAUUUUCAAUCACUAAAACCGAAAAAAAAUA